UUGGAGGCUGCUGAGCUGAUUGCUUGGGAGCUUGCAGUUGCCUGGUCAUCUCCAGCACAGAUACAGCCCAGGCAGCAGUAAUAAGGGUGGUGACAAUGGCUGUGGCAGUGUUUCAUGAUCUCAGGGAGGCUGUGUUGUGAGUGGCAGAGAGGUUCUGGAGUACCACAUGAUUGUUGUAUCACGAGGGGUGGCAGUGGCAGACUUACCCGGGUCCUGUUCGUAAAGCAUGUCUUGGCUUGUGGGCGGCUCUCUAGCAAUCGCAACUGGAACCUCACACCAAAAGGCACCAUGAUAGUGAUGACUGACGUCACUGCAGCCCCCAGAUUGGGGUCAACUGCCACCACUCCAGCUGUGGCUCCCAACUUCUCCUGGAUGCCAGAGGAUGGCAGCCCCACGGCUGUGGAGCAGCCAAUAUUUCUCAUGACCACCGCUGCUCAGGCCAUCUCAGGUUUCUUUGUAUGGACAGCUUUGCUCAUCACCUGCCAUCAGAUCUACAUGCAUCUUCGCUGCUAUAGCUGCCCAAAUGAACAGCGCUACAUUGUUCGGAUCCUCUUCAUUGUGCCCAUUUACGCCUUUGACUCAUGGCUCAGUCUCCUGUUCUUCACCAAUGACCAGUACUAUGUUUACUUUGGCACAGUGCGGGACUGCUAUGAAGCCUUUGUAAUAUACAACUUUCUCAGCCUCUGUUAUGAGUACUUGGGAGGCGAGAGCUCCAUCAUGUCUGAGAUCAGAGGGAAACCAAUUGAGUCCAGCUGUGUAUAUGGGACUUGCUGCCUGUGGGGAAAGACCUAUUCAAUUGGAUUCCUGAGGUUCUGCAAACAGGCUACCCUGCAGUUCUGUGUGGUGAAGCCCCUCAUGGCGAUCAGCACAGUCAUCCUUCAGGCCUUCGGCAAGUACCAGGAUGGUGACUUUGAUGUAACCAGCGGCUACCUCUACGUGACGAUCAUCUACAACAUCUCUGUCAGCCUGGCACUGUAUGCCCUCUUCCUUUUCUACUUUGCCACACGUGAGCUGCUCAGUCCCUAUAGCCCAGUCCUCAAGUUCUUCAUGGUGAAGUCUGUCAUCUUCCUGUCCUUCUGGCAAGGGAUGCUGUUGGCCAUCUUGGAAAAGUGUGGUGCCAUCCCCAAAAUCCACUCUGCCAAUGUGUCUGUGGGUGAAGGCACUGUAGCUGCUGGAUAUCAGGACUUCAUCAUUUGCGUGGAGAUGUUCUUUGCAGCCAUUGCCCUACGCCAUGCCUUCACAUACAAGGUGUAUGUGGACAAGAGACUUGAUGCCCAAGGUCGCUGUGCUCCCAUGAAGAGCAUCUCCAGCAGCCUCAAGGAGACCAUGAACCCCCAUGACAUUGUCCAAGAUGCGAUCCACAACUUCUCCCCAGCCUACCAGCAGUACACCCAGCAGUCAACGCUGGAGCAUGGUCCACCCUGGCGCAACGGCAGUCACGUUAUCUCGCGCUCCCACAGCUGCUCGGGUGGCCGCGACAACGAGAAGACCCUCUUGCUGAGCUCUGAUGAUGAAUUCUAGGAGGGGAAACUGCCAGCACAGGCUGUCAUUUUCCUUCGUUUGUUGUUUUUUAUUUUUUUUAAUUUAUUGAAGCAGAAACAUGCAAGUCAUAUCACUUCCUAGAGAGUGCAGAUUGCAGAAGUGGGCACUUCCUAGCUUUUGUGGGUACGGACAUGAUGAGCAGUGUGGAGGUGGGGGAAUGGCCAGGACUCCAUUCUCGAGCCCAUUCCUUACAGCAGCAGUCGACUGGAAUUAAUUGAAGCAAAGCUCCAGGGUUUGGGGCUCUGGCCUCCCACACCUACCCAGCUUGGUGUGGAGCGUGACUGGUCAGGGCCUGGAGUUGUGGCCAAAAGUGUUGGUUUUUGUCUUUUUCUUUUUUUCCAACCGGACAAUGUGACUGCUUUGUAUUCCUCUUCCUGAACGUUUGUUGUAGGCAGUUUUCUUCCCCAGCUCCCUGGUACUAACAUCUCUGUGAUAUGUGGGAAAUGGGAUUAGGAUGCAGCGAUAAGCAUUCCUGAGGACCAGACCAGAGACUGGUCUCUCUAUAGCCAUUGCUUUGAAUACUUAGUAAGGAGCAUCUGCCGCCACCCUCCUAAGCACCUGGUUGUGCAGUCCUGUAUUUGAGUGAGUGAGGGGGAAAAGGACAGGACUUUCUUCCUGUUCCUCUGCUCCCUGCAUCCCCCCUGCUCCCCAUCAAAGCUGAUGCUUGCUGAAGCUCAGCAGGGAUGGAAUUACUGUCUCACAAGGGCAGGGUUUUCUAAUCACCAGGUGUCCAAACUUCACAUCUCCCCUGCGUUCCUGUGGCAAGAAGCCUCCCUGGAGUGUCUGUCUUGUGCUAACAAGACUGAGGACUGGCCGUGAUAGGUGGUGGAAGUCUGUAGCGCUCUGGCCCUUUCAUCCCUCUUUGGGAAAGGAAGAUAUGUAAACACUAAAACGUUUUUUCUUCUUGUUUCCUGUCACCCACUGACAUAGCUGCCCCUCUUAAAGGUGUGGAUUGCACGAGGUAGCUGCCAGAACAGGUCCUGGUCUCUCGCAGGUAGCUCUCCUCAUGCUUGUCAUCACUGACUUCCUCUGCGAGCUGCACAAGUUUUUCCCUUAGGCUGGAGUAUUCAGGAAGGCAUGUUGCACACUCCUUUGCUUUUUUAUGUCCGUAGCUGUUCUGGGCUAAACUGGAGCAGAGUUGAAACCUGACAUGACCUGGCUGGUUAAAAUUGUCCCUCUUAGUUUCCCAGGCAGCAGUUGCUGCUGCUGCACAUUUUACAGGCUGUGCAGCAACUGCAGUGCUAUCAAGGGUGGAGCCAGCAUCCAUGGGAGUGGGAAAAGAAGCUUCCCCAUGCUUUUGUUGGGUUUUUGGAUUGCCCCCUAGGUAUUUAGUGGAACCAAAAUAAAAAUGAUCCCUCUGUAGAUCUGUCCAGGGACCAGGAAAAGCUUCUUGCUUGCUUAAAACAGUCUAGGGGAGGACCGGGAAGCACACUCAAGUGCCACGGAUCAGAUGCCCCUAGCCCCAAGCAGGAAGCAAAAUGGAGAGGUUGGAGCAAGCUGCUCUGUUCUUGGCUGUAGUUUCUCUGUUCCUCUCCCGCUUGAUGCUUACCCUGCCAUCAGCAGACCUGAGUGUUUCCAGAUUGCUCUCCUUGCUCUGCUAGGAGAACUGGGGUCUGGUUUACUGCCUGGAGUUUACCUUUCCUCAUGUAUCCUAAUCUACGUGCUUGCUCAUUCACUUUCUCAGAAGCGACUGGGAGCGAAGAGCACCUCAUUUCCUCAGCACCCCUGCCAGAAGCCUGUGGUCGUGAGCCGGAGGAAAAGGGCUUGAAGAGAGGGCAGGUUUGCUCCAUGCUGUGAGGAUGAGAUAGGGGAAUAAGGACAGCGUCUCCUUCUGUACUCGCGUGUCUGGGUGGACGGUGAAGGAGGUGGGAGCAACAGUGCUGACUCUUGAGGGAGCUGGAGGGUCAGCGGAUCCAGCAGCUUCUCUGCUGCUGGAUUUCCCCAUUUGCACACAUCCUGUGAUGCCAUGCAGUUAGUUACUGCUUUUCCUAAAUCUGUCGCUGCUUAAAUGAACAUGCAAACGCUAUCUGCCAGGCUUUGUGUGGGCUUGGUGUAAAACUCCUUUUCCUCAUGCCAUAAGCCGCCUGGAAAGCAGGGCUGAAGACUGAAUGGGCUUUCCUUCCAUCUUCCAUGGCUUUGAUGAAUAGUCCUUUAGUGUGAGGUAUUUGUGUUAAACUUCCCCUCUCUCUUAGGAAAGCGGGGCAUGGGAUGUGAUCCCUUCCUCCCCUUUCCUUGCAUUUGCAGGUCUUGAUGAUGUCCUGGUGUCACUUAAUUGGUAAUCUUCAUUGUGUUGGGUGGCCGAGACCUGCAAUCUCUGGGAUUGCCCUGUUGAGCUUGAAGGUGAUCUAGGCUUGGGGAAGCAUUUUCUUAAAAUUAUUUUGAAAUGUAUGCUGCAUAUAUAUGCUGUGCAGAGGAUCUGGAUAUUCUCAAAGCUUCCUGUAUGUAGUGGUUUCAAGUAUAACCCUUUUGCACUAGCUGCCUUUGGAGAAGCCUGGUGAAGAACUAGUGCCCGAACAACAGCCAGCUGCCAUGCAUUAUAAUUUUAUAUACGUAUAUAUUUUUUAACACCACACAAAAUCAUCUCUGAGCUUCCUGCUGUCCCUCACGACAGGCAAGUGCCAGAGCAAGGACUGGCUCUGAAGCUGCUCUGGCUUGGAGAAACAAAUAUCUUAUAAGACCCAGAGCUUGAGACCAAGGAGGCCAAGGCAUCUGUGGUCUUGCAGGUCUGCUUGCGGUAGCCCAGGGCCCCAAAAAAUGUGUUGGUUCCAGGAGUAGGCCCUUGGAGCUGCUCUUCCUCACCUGCUUCCCCUCUCCUUCCUUCCUUCCUUUUUGUUUACCAUGUAACAUACCCAUGGGAUUUGUUUAUUAUUUUUCCAUAUAGAGUAGUUCUUUGUAUAUAAAUGACUGAAAAAAAAAUGUAUGAUAAAUAAGACAGAGUCACCUAGUUUUGUACCUAUCGUGUUUAACUGAUGUGAGCUCAGCGACAAGCCGCUCUCUCUAUUUUGGUCUUUGUGACGUUAUACUCUGCAGAAAUGAGCAAA